UCGUACCACGUGCCACUUCGUGCAAUCAUGGUAUUGAGGUCCGCAUGGGAUUCUUGCAUCGCAACGCUGUUGCUCUUGUCUGCUGCUGCUGCGAAUGGAGGAGCUGGAGGGUUUUUCGGUAGGCAGACGCACCAGCGGUCGAGGCAGCUCGUAGUAGGUGAAGUGCAACGACCGCUCCGGGAGACGAUAGUCUCCCAGUUCGUAGGGAAGCCUAACAGGGAAAGGAGAUUAGGAGAGAGGGCUCGGGGUAGCCUUGGCUGCCUCGCCUCGACGGCAACGAGGACGUUUGGGAGUGGAACCGGAGUCGAGGCGACGAAUUUGGACGAAUCCAAACAACAUGCGACUGCUUCUGCGGCAGAACCGCAGAGUGAACCAGACGCCAAGACCACCAACACCGCAGCCGGCACCACUGCCACGAACGCUGGAUUGGCCAGCCGAUUGACGACGCUCUCUGCUCCGCUGGAAUCUCUUUCGUCGACUCGCGAGCAGCUCGUCCGACAAGCUUGGUCUACUGCGACUGCCUUGCGCCUGAGAGACGGGAAGGACGAGUCGUCGUCAACGAUGCUGCUGACACGCGGCGGCGGCGGCGGCGCUCCGGCACCGCCGCCGUCGCCGCCGCAGCAAGGGAUGAGGUUGAAGAACGCCGUCGAGGGCCUCAAGAAUGGCCUCGCGAGCGGGUUGGCUGCAGCGUGCGUCAAGACGGUGCUGCAGCCGUUCGAUACGAUGAAGACUGUGCAGCAAUUCAGCACGACAAGGAUGACUUUGCUGCAAGCGGGAAGAGAUUUGCUGGCGCGGGGGGGCGUGCCGGAGCUCUACCAAGGGCUGGGGGUGACCCUGGUCGGCUCGAUGCCGGCGGUCGGCGUGUACUUCGGCUUGUACCAGUUCGUCAAGAACCAGAUGGAUGCCAAGCAAGGCAUUUCCCCGUACUUGAGUAUUACCGUCAGUGCGGGAGUGGGCAACUUCAUCGCGAGCUUCUUCCGAGUGCCGUACGAGGUCGUGAAGCAACGCCUGCAAGUUGGGCAGUACCCCACCACCAUGGUGGCGAUACAGUCAAUCUACAACGAGGGAGGGCUGCUGGGGUUCUUCGGCAAGGGGGGGCUCAAGAUGCAAUGGGCCCGAGACAUCCCCUACGCCAUGGUGACGCUGCUCGUCUACGAAACCCUGCAGAAGGCCGCGGCUCGCCGUAAAGGUCCGCCAGGGACGAAAAAGAAGGGGGCGAAGGCUAACCCCAUCGAGAACAUGGUCAUCGGUGCGAUAGCGGGGGGUAUGGGGUCUUUGGUGACCAACCCCAUGGACAUGAUAAAGACGAGGAUGAUGACGUCACCGGAGCUGUACGCAGGGCCGAUGGAUGCGGCGUGGAAGGCGCUCAGCAAGGAGGGGCCGCAGGCUUUCUUGAAGGGGGCUACUCCUCGACUGCUGCACAAGAUCCCGGCGAACGCCUUCUUUUUUGUGGCGUACGAGUUCUUCCGAAGCAUCCUUGGCGUCACGCGAUGA